UGGUUAGCCGUUAAAUAGUGGGAGGAGACUUGCUUUGCUAACAAUUUCAACUGGAAAGUCGAGCGUAACUGUUGUUGUUUAAUUACAAUGAACUGAAGAUAACAUACCAUGACUUCCAACACAUUUAAGUUAGUGCUAACAUUGUAUUGCAUCAACGUGUGUUUUGCUGGAAUUGGCAAUGUAAUCACAUCAAAGGAUAGAGAAUAUGAUGUGAUUGACUUUAAAGUACCUAACGCUGUUUGGAAACAAGCAUUACAUCCAGUACCGAUUUUAAAAUCUCCAGUUACUAUAGUUCUGCCUGUACAUGUUCCCCAAGACUAUGAAAACGACGAAGAUGAGGUAGAUGAGGAAGUUUCUAGUCCAAUCGAACCGGUUACAACGAUAGAAGAUGAUAUAAUAAAUGAAGAAGUUAUUCAAGAAGUAACUCAAAGCCCAGUAACUACUCUGGCUGCCAUAACACCAAUUCCCGUUGAAGAGAAUGAAGUUUCUGAUAACCCAGUGGAAGAAAUUGAAGGUCAAGUUGUGAGAUUUCCCUGUAAUUGUGUAAAGAGACAAUGCGGCUGCUGUACAGGAUCAAUUUUAGAGAGAGUAAGAAUGAAAGCAUGCGGAAAUAUAACUUUUGUGCCAGAAGAUUUUAUAUUUGACGUAAGGUUAAGCGUUAAUAACAAUACAGUUGUGCGACGUAGAGUGUCAGCCAGUGAUCCUCCACCAAUUUGCUUCAAUCCCAGGAGAGCACCCUUCGUCCGUGUUUGUGCAGAAAUCUCUGACAUACGUGUCCGAAAUGGAAAUACGUUUGCGUGUUUGGAUAUGAACGCGGAUAUCGCUGGAUUUCCUGUUUAUUCCGCUUCUUUUAGAUGUUUUGGUUUUGGGUCAUCGGGUGUUCAAACAGGCUUGAAGCCUAAACCAGUAUCUUCUGGGCCGAAACCAAUAAGUCUUUUUGGUAGUGGGAGUGAAGAUAGCGGAGGUGGGUUCUUGGAAAAUGCCGCAGGAACUCUUCUAGGUGAUGGCGAUGGCGGAGGACUAUUCGGUCGACCCGGUGGUGGACUAUUUGGAGGAAGACCAAAUAAUAACGGACCUCUAGACGAUAUCGGUGAUGCUAUCGGAGUUUCAGGAUAUAAAAUAAAAAAUGAAACGUAUUCAAAUAAUUUACAAGGAAUAGAAGUACCAGAUAGUGCGUUGAUUUUGUUAAAUCGAUUUAAAUUAAGAACCUCCAUAGAUUAUUCUAGACAGAACCAAGACACAACGGAACAAACUACACCUAUAUCUAGACCAUGUUCUUGUUCGUUGGGAGUCUGUAAAUGUUGUACAGGACCUAUUCUAGAUUAUUUUAAACAAAAAGCAUGUAUGAAGAUAACUUAUCAUCCGGGAGAUUUCGCAUUUGAUGUGGCUAUGUCAAUGAAUGAUAGAGUACUAUACGAAAAUUCCAUGUCAGGAAAAAACCCAAGACCAAUGUGUAUAAGUCCACCAAGAAUGCCUAACCUUAAAGUAUGCGCACGGUUGUAUAACAUCUUUUUCCCCGGAAGGAACUUUCAUUUUUGUUUGGCAAUGAAUGGACGGUGGAGGUCUUUGGAACUGUUUAAUGUUGCGUUUGACUGUUUACGGAUGGGUGCUAAUGGUUUAGCAAUGUUAAAACCCGAUGAAGGCGGUGGACUAACAAUACCAAACCCACAUGGCGGCGUUGAUGCUGUCAUUGACGCCGGAGAGGACGACAUUGAAGAAUACGACGAGAACCUCGUGCGGUCAUUGCUUGAUACUUUAGACGAUUUUUAGCCAUUUUCUGACAAUUUUAGUCCCCAAUUGGAUUCAUGAAAUUAGUUAAGAUAAUUAAGUUAUUUAUUGUAUAGAUUUUACCGUUGCGACUGUUAUUUAUUAUUUUUGAUGGUCUCUUACUUUCUUUUGUAAUAAAGUAAUU